AUGAACACAUCCAGAAGAAGUCAACACAUUCCGCCUACUAUCAAUCAUGAAGCUCUUCUCCCGAUGAAUCAAAACUCUCCGAUCUCAAUGCGAUACUCAGUAUCAUGUGCUGGUGGCAAACCGCUAGGAGGAACUAUAGGAACAUACAGCGCAGUAGGAGGACAAGUUAGUGAGAGUCACCCAUCGGUUAUGGAUUUGCACAAUGAACAAAAAACGAUGGAGAAAAAAGCGGUUUAUUGGAAUAUGUUAAUGCUACUCUUCAUGACAAUCUGCUCAGCACUAUUCACUGUGGCGGCUCUUCAAUUUCACUUCUCAAAUUCUGAAAAAUUUCUACGAAGUGCGAAAGGGUCAGCUACUCCAUAUAGAGGAGUCAUUGAUGUGAUUCGAGAUGUUAUUGCUUCGUUCGACGGGGCUAUCGUCGUUCUCUCGAUCCUCGCCUUUUUUGUGUCGUCUCUUCAGCUACUUUUUAUGAUGAAAAUUUUCAAAUCGACACAACCUGGAGAUAAUGAAGAUGCACUUCAAUACAUCAAAUCAACCAGCUUUCUGAGAAUCGUCGCCUUCUCAUUCUGGUUUGCAUCGAUCAUGAUUUUUGUAAUUGUUCUCAUGCUAACAGUCGCCAUUGAUCCAUCACGGAGCUUAGCAUCAAAAUGUGUCUCCAUUACACUGGGAUCAUCAGCAGUCCUUCUAGCCAUUUGCUUCGCCGCCAAAACGCUCUGGUUUUGGGGAAAACUCUCGUAUGGACAUGUAUAUCGGGACGACUGCUACAACUAUCUGAGCACACUGGUUUAA